AGCUGACUUAUGCGACGAUCGGCACUACACUAUAAAUGCAAGUCUCCGAUCGGUUAUUGAACGCAUAGUGUCGGAAAAGUUCGCCCAAGGCAGGACGCUGUAUCAGUUCAAAAUGGCAGCCUUCACUGGAUCGUUCCUUGUCGCAGUACUAAUUAUCGCUAUCGGUGCGACAGUGAUCGAAGCGACACCAACUCCGCCGAAAUCCAAAUUCUCCGAAUACAAGCAGAUCUGCGGGAAACUGCUACGCACACCGGCGGAAGAUUUGGAGCAGUACCUGCAGUCGGAGUACACCGAAAAGCACGACACGUUCUGCUUCAUCCGCUGUGUGUCCAUCCUGCACGGAACGUACGACGAUGAAACCGGUGUCAAUUUGGCCAAGAUGUACGAAAACAGUGGGGAUGGAUUAACCGAGCAGGAAUUUACGGAACAGGCCAAAACCUGUCUGGAGCCUAAGGAGGGAGACGCAGAGGAAACGUGCUACUGCCGGAAGGCGUGGAAACCAAUUUGGUGUAUUCGCAAGCAGUACCUGGAUCGGAAGAAGGGGCAGCAGGAGGCUGCCACGGACGGCGCCGCCGCAGAUGCCUAAGUGGUGAUUGAAGUUUUUAUGAACCUAAGUGCCUAAGUGGUGAUUGAAGUUUUUAUGACUAUUUGUGGGUUUGUUCGAAAUAAAAGGAGAGAUGCUCAUUGUGAAACUUAA